AUGACUACUAGGAUUCUUUCUCUCGUCGCUACCCUCGUGGGCCUCGCCAACGGCGCAGCCCUUGAACGACGAUGGUCACCCGAUGCGGUUGCCACCGUUGACCUUGCGAUGAACAGGGGCGCACCGCAGCACCUGGCAAGUGGCAUCAUCUACGGGAUACCAGACGUCCCAGACCAGAUCCCUGAUCACUUUUACACCGACAUUGGACUCCACUGGUUCCGCGCCGGCGGCGGGCAGAUGACUGCGCCCAACCGCGGCUGGUCCUGGGGCGAGGCCGAGAUGGAAAGGAGAUGGGACUCGACGCUCAGCAACUACAAAACCGUACGGAAGUACGAUGGAAAGUUCCAGCUCCUACUUCAUGACCUCUGGGGCACCGACUUUACCGACGAAACUAUGAAGUGGCCCGGUGAUGGUGGUGACUGGACCGAUUAUGACCGCUUCCUGGACACCAUCAUCGGCAGAAUCAUAGCGAACGAUAUGCUCCCGGGAUUGUACAUCGACAUCUGGAAUGAGCCUGAAUGGGGCUUCUGGAAGAGACCUCAGGCACAGUGGCUUGACUUGUUCGGUCGAACUAUCAACAGAUUUCGUUCGGAUGAUCGUCUUGGAGGGAUUCAAAUGAUUGGUCCCUCUCUCUCACUGCCACCGACAGAAGACAACACAUGGUGGUCCAACUUCCUCUCUUAUGUCGCCGCGAACAACUCCGCACCGGACCUAUACACAUGGCACCACAUUGAGGCACUGGACAACCCCGCCAACGACCUGCAGAACAGCUUGGCCACUUUCAACAACAUGCGAUCUGCCGCCGGUGCUCCGGAGAAACCCGUCAACAUCAACGAGUACCUCAACCUCGCCGACGAACUCAACCCAGCGGCAACGGUAUGGCAUCUCUCCCGAUUCGAAAGAUACGAUACCUCGGGUCUCCGCUCCAACUGGCGUGGAGGUCCAGAUGGUUCUCAUCUGCGCGAUUUCCUAGCCAGCCUGGUAUGGCGCGACAGCGAGAACCUCCCGUACCACCCAAACGGCGACUGGCAGGCACUGAAGUACUACAACCUCAACAUGACUGGCCAUCGAGCCGGCUCAACCGGAUCCGAGGACCGUAUAUUCGAUGUGUACGCCACUGUCGGGGAUGACAAAGUGCGUGCCCUUGCUGGGGUACGGGUCAAGACCGGCACCUGGGCCUUGACUUUCAAGAACCUCAGUGCCGUGGGCCUGCCCCGGGACGGGGAACUGCAGAUCCAAACCUGGGGGUUCACUUACCAGAUCCCGGAAGCCGAGUUGGAUGCUCCCACGGACCGCGGCGUUGUCACACACUCGUACACGAACGACGAGAUCACCAUAGCGAUUUACCAGACGGAAGAAGACUGGAAAACUGCGUGGGCCUUCGAGUUCCGGAUCUAG